AUGGAUGGUGAAUCCUCUCUGGAGAGAUACUUAGAUCAAUGUGAAGUUGAGGAUGUCCUUUCAUCCACACCUAAUAUAUACACCCCUAUGACGGCAUAUGAUGAUCUAAAUGUGCCGCCUAUGCAUGGAACGUCCUAUACGUGUCCUCUUGACCAGUCUAAAGAGCUUUCCACAGACUUUUCAUCUGUAGACCUCAGCUUUCUGCCUGAUGACCUCAAUCAAGACACUGAAGACAGGAGUGAGAUACAUGGACAGCAAUACCCAACUCAGUCUAGAGAGGCAGACAGUGGAAUUUGCCUAAACGAAUCUGGUCUAUCUCAGCCUUGCACCCCAUCAGAAUGCAGAGACAAUUCUCAGGAUGCCUCCGGUUUGUGUCCAAUGCCAAUCACACCUAUGACUCCAAUGACACCAGUGACCCCAGUAGCGGAAAUCUCUGGCAUAGUCCCUCAGUUGCAAAAUAUUGUGUCUACUGUAAAUUUGGCUUGUAAGCUCGAUUUGAAGAAAAUUGCAUUGCAUGCUAGAAAUGCAGAAUAUAAUCCAAAGAGGUUUGCUGCAGUAAUAAUGAGAAUCAGAGAACCGAGAACAACAGCGCUCAUUUUCAGCUCCGGAAAGAUGGUGUGCACAGGGGCAAAAAGUGAAGAACAGUCACGGCUGGCAGCAAGAAAAUAUGCACGGGUCGUACAGAAACUUGGCUUCCCGGCAAAAUUCCUUGACUUCAAAAUCCAGAAUAUGGUGGGGAGCUGUGAUGUGAGGUUCCCAAUCAGGCUUGAGGGCCUGGUAUUAACUCAUCAACAGUUUAGCAGUUAUGAACCAGAACUGUUCCCAGGCCUCAUAUAUAGGAUGGUGAAACCAAGGAUCGUGCUACUUAUAUUUGUCUCUGGAAAAGUCGUAUUGACCGGUGCUAAAGAACGGUCUGAAAUUUACGAAGCUUUCGAAAACAUAUAUCCUAUUCUUAAAGGUUUUAAGAAAACAGCAUAAUUUCCCUCCCUUAAAAAAAAAAAAAGAAAAAGAAAGACUUGGUCUUAUUUUUGUUUUGUAUAUACAUAAA